CUGCCGCUGUCAUCGACAGAGCGCGCGACAAUCGGUCCAGUGUGCAGCGCGAAUGACACUCGUAGGGUUACGGUAACGUCGAGUUCGCUCAUAAAAUUUACCUCGAAUACCGGGAGAAAAUAAAAAACGGGGUCAAUCUGGAGUCAAAAGAGACGGGGAGGUGAGCGAAGCUACGGCACCGUAGGCCAGACGAGGACGGAUAUCCUGAUUGAAGAGAGAACAGCGGGAGCGAGGGUGCGGAGAAAAAAACGCUCCUGUGUCCUUGUGCUCUCCCGUGAGUUCUCGGCUCCCGACGACCGAAAUAUCGCUGGUGAUGCUGUCGGUAGAUAAUGAGAGCACCCACGGCAACGAAGUAUGAAAACACCAGAGAAUCAGGAGCUGAUCAGGAUUAUCCAGAAUUACCUGCAUCCUCAAUACACGGGCCUAAAGAAUGGACAUACACGAUGAGAAGGCAAAUGCAGGAAGUGGUACCUGGCUUAUUCCUUGGCCCGUACAGCGCCGCCAGUCGUUCCAAACUGGACAGUCUGCUAGAACACGGAAUAACACAUAUAGUCUGCGUCAGGCAAGACAUAGAGGCGAACUUUAUCAGGCCCAACUUUCCUGAUAAAUUCAAAUAUCUAGUACUGAAUAUCGCCGACACCGCGACGGAAAAUAUCAUACAGCACUUCCAAAACGUUAAGACGUUCAUUGACGAAGGACUGAACUCUGGUGGUCAAGUUCUCGUACACGGUAAUGCCGGCAUCUCAAGGUCCGCUGCACUAGUUUUGGCAUAUAUGAUGGAAACGUAUGGGCUUUCACAGACACAGGCGUACGCGAUAGUGCAGCAGAGGCGAUUCUGCAUAAACCCUAACGAGGGCUUCAUGACACAACUGAGGGAGUACGAGCCGAUAUAUCAGGCGCAAAAAACGCUGAGAAACGGCCAACAGAGUUACGUCAGGGAGCGUAGCAAGAGGACAAUUCAUCAAAUCGACGAGACGAUGACGGACAGUUGAUAGUGAUGGAACAAUCGACGGAGAAGGGACGCCAAAGUUACCGAGAUACGUGUGUUAGUGUCUUCAGCGAAGAAACGAAAUAGCACCGAACGAACACCGAUAUAUUGAACACCGGACGUAUUCAAUGAGAUUUUAGUCUAUAACGUUUAACGACAAUUACUAACGAAAUCGACACUAACUGUACGAUUCAACCAAUUAGACUGACUACAUACGCGGCUAGAGAUAAGUUAUUGUCGUUAAUACUCGGCUCUUCUCACACCGGAGCUGUCUAAACCAAAAGAACGAUUAUUUUUUCUUCAUUUCUCGAAGUAGUAACCUCAAAUUAAACAUUUGUCAAUUUUUGAAAAUUUGUCAAUUGAUAAAAAUUGCAUAUAUAUAUAAUUUCAUUAAUUUGUUUUCACAAUUUAUCUAAUUCCUCGACUCGAUUAAAUUAUGUUUACUAAAACUCAAGAAGAUUAAUGAAUCAACAAUUUCAUUCUACUUUUUUUUUCAUUCAGAAGAAAUAAAUACUGAACGAGGUAGUCACUAACAAACGCACAUUGUAGACAGCUCUGGCUUAAGACUUUUUUGAUUCCUCGCCACGAUUAUUCAAUUAAUAACGUCAGAAGCAAGAAAAUAGAAAAUUCUUGCAAAGUAUGUUGAAACAAAAAUAUGAUUUUGUCACGUGUGGCCUUUUAAGGGGAUGCUACACUCGAAAGCUUUGCUGGCGAAGUACUGCCCUUUUCCCGCAAAAUUUAUACGUCGUAUUGGUUGCAUCGAAUUGUAAAUGCUUUUACACAGAGAAAGUAAGAAAAUUAUAAGUGGCUAAAUGAUUGUCUAGACAUAUAUAAAUAUAUAUAUAUAUAUAUUUUUUUUUUUUUUUUAUCGUUUCUCUCUGUCACAUUUGAUAACAUAAUCAUGUUAGCAUUUAUCUAAAAAUGCUUUUUAACAAUUGUUUUUAUUCCGUAAAUGUAUAUGUACAUAUAAAAUCGAUAAUGUCAGCUAUGAUAAUGUAAUAGAUCAUAACGUUGUCGGCAUUUUUAGUCGCAUCUAGAUGCGAUUUUUUCAUCAGAGUUCGUCAUCCAUUUUGGCAUCCCCUUAACUACAUAGUGCUGCUAAUUUUACAGUUAUUUGUUAAUCAUUAAGGCUCCUGGCCCCUCGCAUUGUCUAUCUCUUUUUAAUGACGUCAGAAGCGAGAAAAUGCAUGCUAAAAAUUCUUACG